AUGGUCCCAGUUCCCGAAGGGGUCUUUGACUGGUGUGAUCGUGGUGAUAUUGCCAAGAACAUGGGCCUUCAUCUUCGCGUAUCUAUCCCAAAAGGCCUCAAGACUGAUGACAAUACCCGCGACCUUAACCUGAGCGAUCUUUUCGACCAAAAUAACGGUGGGCGCUACGUGCACUAUGGAAGCCAAUUUGCAGAUUACAUCUUCAUGAGUGUUUCUGGCGUAGUUGGUCCAAAGCCCCAGGAAGCUGAAGAAGCGUGGCCUGGGAAACCUCAGCCUGCACUUACUUACACUGAGCCGUACAUUCAGAAGCCUUUUAUUCAGCCCAAUGUUUUGGGGAGUCCUGAUCUAUUCAAGAAAAUGGGAGAAGUCGAUGCGGUCGUCACAACUUCUGAUCAGAAGGACGACCCGAGGGUUGAGUUCAAUGCGGUUGUCACAACUUCUGAUCUAGAGGCAAUGGACCUGAGGGUAGAAGCAAAGGAUGGACCAUCAGGAUACAUGGGUAUGCCAGAGCCCGGUCCUCCUAAAGGGCCGGACUACCAAUCCAUCACUCCAAAGGUCAUCUAUUAA